AUGGCUCUCCUAUCCAAAAAUAAACUUGGAUUUAUCGAUGGAACAAUUGUGAAACCAGCAAAUAUUGAUCCUACUUUCCAUGCAUGGGAAAGAUGCAAUACCAUAGUGCUUUCUUGGAUUCAUCGAUCAAUCAACAAUUCUAUAGCCAAGUCAAUUCUUUGGAUCAAUCAAGCAUGUGAAGCCUGGGCUGAUCUCAAGGCUCGGUUCUCACAUUCAGAUAUUUUUAGAAUUUCUGAUAUCCAAGAACAAGUCUAUCAUAUGCAGCAGGGUCAGUUUUCUGUUACUGAUUAUUUUACCAAUAUGAAGAUCAUGUGGGAUGAGUUGGACAACUUAAAGCCCUUGCCAACAUGUAGCUGUGCUUUGAGGUGUUCCUGCAAUGGAUACCCUUUGAUGCGUGAGUAUAGAGACUGUGAUCGCUCAGUGAGAUUCUUGAAAGGACUUAAUGAUCAAUAUGGUCAUAUUCAAUGUGAGUCAAAUCCGAACCAACUUGGAAAUGAUCCAAGAAUAUUUCACAGUUCCACAGAUAACACAAGAUUCCACAGUUCCACUGAUAAUCCAAGAUUCCACAGCUCCACUGAUAACCCAAGAUUUCACAAUUAUACUGAUAAUACUCACAGAGGAGUUUAUGGAAGAGGAAGAGGACGUGCAAGCACCAACAUAUUUGGAAGAGGGCGUGGGAACAACACGAAAUUAUGCACUCACUGUGGGAGAACUAACCACACUGUUGAUACUUGUUACAAAAAGCAUGGAUUCCCACCGAACUUCCAAUCAAGGAAUGCUGCAAAUUUUUCUUCACAAGAUGACAGUAAUGAAGCUAUGCAAAGUCAAGAAGUUCAAGAAGCAAAUGUGACCAUAUCUCAAGAGGAGUAUGAAAGUCUCUUGAAUGCUUUCAAUCAUCAGAAUUCCAUAAUGCCAGAAACACCAAUUUCCUCAACCAAUAUGAUUCAGACCACUGCUCUAAAUGCAGAUUCAACAG